AAUUAACCAAACCAAACCAAAAAACUAAAAAUUUUUAUCAACAUAUAUGCUCUAACCCUCUACUCUUCAAGUACUACAGUGUUCAUCUUCCCCAUCUCAACACUGGCAAAUGGAGAAACUCAUCGAGCUCUCCGACCACGAAAUCCGCAUCGACUUCGCACUGGACUGCAAAUGCCGUACCACCAUGCGCCUCAAAUCCCUCAUCUACAACUCCCCUCUCGCCUUCAAGGUCCAGACAUCCUCCCCACACAAGUUCCUGGUCAACCCGCCGAGCGGACUCGUCCCUCCCCUCUCCACCGCCACCUUCCAAGUCGUCCUCAAGCCCCAGCCCCACCUACCCUCCGCCUUCCCCCGCUCUCCCGCCGACCGAUUCCUCCUCAGAACCGCCGCCGCGCCGGACCUCGCCCCCGACUCGCCCGAGUCGACCCGCCCCGAGCUCCUCAGCCGGUGGUUCAACUCCGACCCCCACCGCCGGACCUUCGACGUCAAGCUCAGGGUCUACUUCGUGGGACCCUUCCUCAUCGCACACGCCGUAGACGCCGGGGAUUUCGAGGCGGUGAGGGGAAUCGUCAAGAGGCAGAGUUCGAUCGUCGCCGAGUUUCCGGAUCGGGAGGCCGAGUCGCUGUACCGAGCGGCGGCUCGGUUCCCGGACAUUCUGGGUUUGCUCCUGGAGGCGGGUCUCAGGACCGACGUGCGACGGGAGGAGCUGCAGUCGGCGGCGGACGAUCGGAGCACGGACCGGCAAACGGCGUUGUCUGGGGCGGCGACGAACGGUGACCGUUGGAUGGUGGAGAUGCUCCUCGGGGCCGGCGCGGGCCCCACUGUUGGUGACGUGGAUGGCUACCGUCCAGCCGCUGGUGUUGCUCGAGAUAAGGGCCACACUGACGUGGUCAAAUACGUCGAACGAGGCAGACAAUUGCUCGAUGCAACCAGACACGGACAUCUCGACACCCUCAAAUCCCUACUCAAAACGGGCGUAUCCGCAAACUCGGCGGACAGUCACGGACUGACGCCACUCCACGUGGCAGCUAUCAAGGGGAAUGAAGAGGCGAUCAAUAUGCUCGUCAGGUCAGGCGCCAACGUGGACCCCACUGAUGCCGAGGGCCACACGCCCCUCCACCUGGCAGUCCAAGGUGGAUUGACCGAGAUAGUUCGGAUCCUUCUAGAAAGAGGGGCCGAUGUGAAUGCAAGGAGCAAUAGAGGCGCGACACCUGUUCGAAUCGCCCGGUUGAUGGGCGACGAUGAUAUCAAGCGACUUUUGGUGGCCAAAGGGGCAUCUUCAUGAUUUUAUUUAAUUUUUAAUAAUAUGUUUAUGGAUGUAGACACUGUCUGGUCUUAAUGAUUGUAUAUUUGGAGGAAAUUUUUUGCAAUAAUUUGCAUGAACUGAACUUAGGGUUAUAUGUACUGCAGCUGAAAAAUCACUGUAUCUUAAAUGUGAUUAUGUACGCAAUAACAUAUUUUGAAUGAUUGUUUCCUUUUUUAUAGUUGACCCUUUGGUAAUAAAUACCCAUUGAUUGAUCUGAUCCAA